AUGCAUAGAGAUACUUUCAAAUCAAUAUGGUCUAAUUUAGAUUAAGCAUUAGGAGAUUCUUCAUUUUCCUCUUAUUAUGCUUCUUAUCAAAGGAGAAACACUCCAAACAAAUACAAAUCAUCAAAGAGCGAAUUACUAUCAUUAACUGCCACAAGAGUAAGAUUUGUUUGUCCAAUGAAUAAAAGAGAUAGAUUUGUUGAUCUACUCUUAGAGGCUAUAAGUUAAGAUAACGAACUUGACAAAAUAACUAUAAAAAAUAAAGAACGUCACUUUGGAGUUAAUUUUUUGAAGUUAGAAUCUAUGCAUUUAAAGCUUAAUGCAGCUAAGGUCAUAGGAGCUGAAUUAAAAAAUGAUGAGAGAUAUGUAAGUUUGUACUUAGGAAACAAUUAAUUUGGUGAUGAGGGUUUCAAGAUUCUAACCACUAAUCUUUCCGAUAAUAGAUGCAUCAUCCAUUUGGAUAUCAGCAAAUCAGUAACUAAAACUCAAAAACCAAUAGUCUAUUACUCCCAAGGGAUUUCGUGAUGCCUUACCCCAUUUGAAAUCAAUCUAUACUCUUGUAUCGUUGAAUUUGUCUGGCAAUCGAUUAAGUAGUGUUGGAAGUAGAGCUCUAUAAUAAUUAGUUGAUGAGCAUCGUAAUAUUCAAUUCCUGAAUCUCUACUCUACAUUUUCUGACAUUAUAUAAGGUGUUUUUGUGAGUUACAAUUAAGGAUUUAAUUCAUUAAAAAAGACAAAUGCUAUUUGUUCUUCUUUAUUCUUAAAUUUAUAAGAGAAUGAACUCAGAGACUCAGGAAUAGAAGGAAUAAAUGAAUAAAUUAGUCAUUGGACUAUUCAAGUUCUUAAUUUGAGUGAUUGUUAAAUUACUUCACAUGGAUUAAGUAGAUUAGUUGAUAGAAUAGUCAACCAUUUAUAUUUAGAAUCCUUAAUUUUAUCUAAAAAUAAUUUUGGAAUCUCAGUUAGUUGUCUAUUCAAAUUAUUGUCACAAAAUUAUUGGUUAUAAAAGUUGGAUCUUAGUUACUGUUAAAUUGUAGAUUUCUCACAAAUUAGUGAAGGUUUAAAAGAAAAUAAAGGAUUGAGAUAUUUAGAUCUUAGUGGAAACAAAAUUGGAGAAAAUGCUGUGAUUUUAGGUUUGCAUAUGUAAAAGUUAACUCAUAUAAAACUUAAUGAUUGUGAUCUAAGAUAAAAUGUUAAUGAUAUUUUAAAAAGAUUGCAUUACUCAAAUCUUAAGAGUUUAGAGAUCAAUUAAAAUAGAAUUGAAGAUCUAAAAGAAUUAAAAACAUUAUUGAUGAAAAAUAAAGAAAUAGAAAAAAUUUCUUAUGGUUAAAACAUGAUUAAUUUCAAGUAACAUUAAGAAAUUUAAAAAAUUUUAAAUUUAAAUAUCAGAUAUUAAUAAACUCAAAUAAUACCAAGAUUCUAAUAAGAAUUAUCAAAAUUAGGUUAGUAUGAAUAAGAAAGAAUGAUGAUUUCCAGAAAAAUGCAAGAGCUUGAAAAAAAAAAGGAAGAAAAGGAAUAAGAGCACUUAUCACUACUUAAAAGAUUAGACAAGACCAGAGUAGAAUAAGAACUAUUGACAAAAGUUAAGGAAAAAGAAGAAAAAGAGAUGUCAAAUCAAUUAAUUUCUAUUAAAUUAUAAACUGAAAAUUUAAUUAAGCAAACAUAAGAAUUAAAUAAUGAUAAACAAGAGUCAAAAUAAUUGUUAAUAAAUACUAUUAUCGAAUAAAACUUAUGCAAAUAGUUAGUAGGCAAAAUUGAAAAAUAAUAAGAUAAACUUGAUCAAUUAUUGAUGAGAAAAAAAUAUAUAAUCAAGGAGUUAGAACAUAAAUUGCAUAAAUAAAAUAUUCUAUAUUAGAGAUAAGUUUAGGAUAAUGAAAAAUAUUAAAAAUGA